AUCCCCGAUUGACCGUAACCCAAACCGAAACCAACCUAUUUGGUAGUAUCACAUUACAUACUACGGGUCCGUACUUACUACAUACUUUACCACCAACUCCGUACUUGUACUUGCCUAACUGCGCAUCACUUCCCCCCCCGAACACCAACUCCUCUUCAGUGACCACAACAGCCAAGGUCAUUUCAUUGCUUUCUACCACUUUUCUUUUCCCUCUUCGUCACACAUUUGAUCUGCCCGCCCAGAAAACUCUCUCUAGUCAGUCAAAGUCGAAAUGGCAGGGCGAUACGAAAGGAUCAAUACCCAGGACAACGACCACGACCACGACGACGGCGAUACUCCCAUCUCAGCCAUCCCUCCAUCCGCCCGACAGAGGAUACCAAGCUCGCCUCCACCUUCAUUCCACUCUCGCGCUUCGUCCUUCGAGCGCAGGAGGCAGCAGAAUGUCGAUCCCACCCUCGCCGAUGCAUUCGAUGCCGAUGGCGACGACAGCGACGACGAUGAACCCGAUGACAGGCAGCGCUUAGUACGGCAGUCCUCAUUUCCCGUCUCAACACGUUCAGCCACCCCAGACAGGCCGUCCGCUCCUGAACGCCAGACGGCACAGCGGCCCGACGCACCUGGUGGGAGCAAUGCGCAGCCUUCUUCGCGCAUCUACGGUGGCGGCAUGCAGUCAGACGGCGUCUUUUCAAACAUGAUGGCAAGGCCUGCGAGAGGGGAAAAGGUUGUCGAGGAGCAACCUCCAACAUAUGAGCAAGCUGCCGCCGAUUCCGCACCGCCCUACUGGGAAACGACUAUCCUGGCCCCCGGCCUCGGUGGUCCCGACGAGGUAUACAUCGACGGCAUGCCCGUUGGCUCCAUCUUCAGCUUCAUCUGGAACGGCAUGAUCUCCAUGUCCUUCCAACUUGUCGGCUUUCUCCUCACCUACCUGCUGCACUCGACACACGCUGCAAAGAACGGGUCUCGCGCUGGCCUCGGCAUCACGCUGAUUCAGUACGGCUUCUACAUGAAAGGCACCUCCAACUCGGAUGGCAUGACUGGUGCCCCUACAGAUGGAUAUGCUCAGCCCCCUGACCCAAACAGCCACGAUUUCGACCCCAACGCCGUCAACUCGGCCAGCGGUGAUGGAAGCUCUCUCAGCGAUAUCGCCAGUUCCGAAUGGGUAGCGUACAUUCUCAUGAUCGUCGGCUGGUUUAUCUUGAUUCGAUCUGUCAGCGAUUACAUCAGGGCAAGGCGACACGAGCAGUUGGUAUUGCAGGGCCCAGACAGGCACAUUCCUAUCGUCAUUGAUAGCGAGGAUCCCGGGCGGGUCGUCUAACUAUUUGUAUCCUCGGAAACAAGGGCUCGACUGAUUUGAAGCGAAAGAAAUCAUCUGAAGAUUAAGCAUGGCUAUGGCGUUGGGAAUUUU